UUGGCGCGCCCAGCCUCCGCGUCCAUGGCAGCGACCUUCGCCAGCACCAUCCUUGAGCAGCCCGCGAUCGCGUCGCUGGUGUUUGAGUUUCAGUUUGGCGUCUAUGAAGACGUGCGUCCGGCUUUCCGCGCCUGCAACGAGCUCAUUGAGUUUGAGGCCAGCCGGCGCAACUAUGAGUGCGACGCGUCGUUUGGCCAAGCGUUUGCGCCCACCACCAAGUGGUAUUCCGAUCUCACAGACCCCGUUCCCUCUUCAGCGUUCGCUCUAAACAAGUGGCCCCGAAAUGACCGCCUCCCGCUGCACGUGGCCAUUUACCUCGACGCCAUCAUCCUGGCCUUUUUGCAAAGCCAUCUCGAGAUAGUCGAGUUUCUGCUCGACGAGCGUGAGAACACGCCCGAGCUCUUUGAACGCGUCAAUUUCGAAAAUUACUCGGGCUGUUUUGUGGGGCACUCGAUUCGGCGCUUCCCGGGUCCGUUUCUGGAUACGCUCUUGGCACGCAAGGACUCCAAAGGCGUGACGUUGCUGCAGCGCUUUGGCCCGAGUCCCGACGACUUUCCGGGGCCUCAAGACCUCUACAUCGACUACACGCCCGAAAAAGUCCGCCAAGUGGCCAUCGAGGCGGCGACGCUUGAGAAUGCGACACUCGCACUCGACCUCUUUCCGUGGCUCCACUACCCCAGUCUCUUGGACGAUAUGGCGGGCCGAGGAUUCUUGCCGCUCGUACGCUCGCUCCAUGAACGUGGCUUCAAGUGCUCGACGAACGCCAUGGACAAGGCGGCGGCCAAUGGCCACUUGGAGGCAAUCGAACAUGGGCACCUCAAUGUCGUACGAUUUCUCAUCGAACACCGCACCGAAGGCGCGUCGGAUCGCUCGCUCGAUCAUGCUGCUGGCCGCGGCCACCUCGAGGUCCUCCAGUACCUCCACAGUCUCGGCUCGUUUCGUUGGUCCGGCUCUGCCGUCGAGAUGGCGUGCGCGCGCGGCCAUUUGAAUCUCGUCAAGUUUCUCAUGACCAACGAAACCGAAGACGGGGCGUCCUACUACAUGUUUCGAAACGCGUUCAAAUACGGGCAUCUCGCAACGGUCAAGUACCUCCUCUCGCGCGGGCAUGAAUGCGUCACCGCAAAGAUGCAUUGGGACCUGAGCGCUUUCCGCAAGCCCAAGAUUAUCAAGGUCCUCCAACUCUUCUUGGACGUUGACGGCCCCCGCGACGCCAAGUGGAUGAAAGAAGCCUGCGCCACCAACAACGUACCCCUCACUCGCUUUCUUCACGAGCUCGCAGGCGACCGCUGCCACCGCUCGGCGCUCGGAGACGCCAUUGCGCACGAGGCGUGGGACGUGGUACACUACCUCAUGGCGCACUCGACGGCGAACGUCCCAAUCGAAGCGCUCAAGCAGCUGCUGAGCUGUGGUCAAUUUGAUAUCGCGACGCAAAUUCUGGGCCGUCAACGCAAGUUUCGCAAGGACGACAGUCCUCUGGAGUGGUCGUCGACCUACCACUACACCGAGGCGACGCGCUACCUCCUCGGUGCCGGCAUUGGCAAGCCGCGCGAGUGCCUCGUCAAGAUCGCAGGCCGUCGACAGCACGUGACUGCGAGCAAGCUCUUGCUGCCGCACUGCAUGGACGCAGCCAAGUAUCUCGACAACGUCACCUUUCUUCUCGAUCUCGUCGCACUGCCCGAUCGCCAUCACAAGGCGACACUCCACUUGAUCACGUCCGAGCUGCUGAACCAAGGACGGAAGGCCAGCCAAAAGAUCCAACUUUCGCCCAGUUUGACAGCCCGCGCGUCAACUCUACUCGAAGCGGGAGAGUUUGUCGACUGGUCGUUGGCCCUUGUCAUUGGGCACAACUGAUGCAACAACUACCACCAAACAACUCCAGACAAAG